GAGGCCAUUUCUUUCUGUUAGCUGCUAGCUUGACAACUCGUACAUUUUUACAAAGUUUCACAGGCAUUGUUCCCCCCCAAAAAAGGACUGAGUGUGAGCCUUAGCGAAGUGAUUGCUUGUCGCAGUCUCGUACCAUUUUUUUGUUGAGCUGGUAAAACAAAUUCGGCGCAAAUAAAUAUUUGCCAAUCUUAAGGAUGUUGGAUGUUAGCAGGCAGUAGUUAUAACGUUUACGUUCCUGGUUGAUUUGACAUCGACAGCUACAUGACUGUCCUGCUGCUGCGGCUAAUUCAGUACUGAGAAGUGAAUGGUAGUGUCUAGAAAGGGUAUGUCCCUUCAGGAGAGAGGUGCCAAUGUCCAACCUGCCUAAUUCCAAUCCAGGGGGGUCACUGCGCCGUUCACAGAGGAACACUGCUGCGGCCCAGCCACAAGACCACACAGUCACGGGAAGGUUGCAGUCAGAGCAGGUAAAACAAAAAACAAAUUCCCCACCUGAAAGUGGAAGACCUAAUUCUAAAUCUUCCAAAGCCACACCCAGCUCAGCCGCUGGCCAGUCCAGAGGGCACAGCUCAAGAAGGAGGGGUCUUACUCUGUCUGUGGCUUCAUUUGUAUUGCAAGAAGACUCAGAGGCUGCAGGGACAUCUGAACAAGAGCGGUUAGGCCACCAGUCAAAGAGCGAAAGCAGCCGAGGGUUAAAGCGAAGCGAAGCUGCUGACCAAAUUAGUACCUGCACACCCAUCCGUCGCAAGAAAUCAAAAUUGAUCCCCUUAUCUCGAGAUAACUUGGAUUCCAAGAAAGGCCCAGUGAAGUCUGAGAAGAGACCUCGUGAUUCAGAGCCACCUGCAUCAUCAGGUCAAGGGCAGGAUAAGAAGGGUGGGGCCACUGAGGCCUCUCUGCCAUUUUCAAAAAGAAGAAGAGGUGACACUCUCCCCGGUUUAAGCAGCACCACUGGGUCCCUCCCCAACCGUACUGAGGGCAGAACUGCAAAACCCUCCAAGCUGGCGUCUAAAUCGGCCGCCUCAGCCAAAGCUGGGUGUAGCAACGUGACAGACUCCUACUCCUCUGCCUCCACUUCUUCCUCUUCCUCCACUACAGGCACUAACAACACUGCACUGCAGGGUGCACGUGUUAAGCAGGGAAAAGACCAGACCAAGGCACGCCGCUCUCGCUCAGCAUCAAGUCCUUCCCCACGCCGUAGUACCCGUGACAAGGAGCAGGCUAAAACUGCCAGCUCUUCAAAAUUUGAGUGGGCAGCUCGCUUCAACCCCAAAGUAAACCUGCCAAAACCCAAGCUGUCCCUGCCUGGAUCGUCAAAAACUGAUACCUCCAAACCCGGCCCUUCCGGAUUACAAGCUAAAUUAGCAAGUUUGAGGAAGUCCACAAAAAAGCGCAGCGAGUCUCCUCCAGCAGAGCUCCCCAGCUUUCGGCGGAGCACACGCCAGAAGACCACGGGAUCCUGUGCCAGCACCAGUCGGCGGGGCUCAGGCCUGGGCAAGCGCGGGGCAGCUGACGCUCGCCGACAGGAGAAAAUGGCUGACUCCGACAACAAUCAGGAUGGGGCCAACUCAUCAGCUGCUCGCACUGAUGAAGCAUCACAAGGGGCUUCAGCUUCAAGCUCUGUUGCUGGAGCAGUUGGCAUGACCACCUCUGGUGAGAGUGAAUCUGAUGACUCUGAAAUGGGAAGACUUCAAGCCCUGCUGGAGGCCAGGGGUCUCCCCCCACAUCUUUUUGGGCCACUGGGGCCUCGCAUGUCACAGCUGUUUCAUAGGACCAUAGGCAGUGGUGCCAGCUCCAAGGCUCAGCAGCUACUGCAGGGACUACAGGCCACAGGUGAUGAGUCCCAGCAGCUCCAGGCUGCCAUUGAGAUGUGCCAGCUGCUGGUAAUGGGUAAUGAAGAAACACUUGGUGGUUUCCCUGUGAAGAGUGUGGUGCCUGCUUUGAUUACACUCUUGCAAAUGGAGCAUAACUUUGAUAUUAUGAAUCAUGCCUCUCGUGCACUCACUUAUAUGAUGGAGGCACUCCCUCGCUCCUCAGCUGUGGUUGUUGAUGCUAUUCCUGUCUUCCUGGAGAAGCUUCAGGUAAUCCAGUUCAUUGAUGUAGCAGAGCAGGCCCUGACUGCUUUGGAGAUGUUAUCACGGAGACACAGCAAAGCGAUUUUGCAGGCUGGUGGUCUUGCUGCCUGCCUGCUCUACCUGGAGUUCUUUAGCAUCAAUGCCCAGAGGAAUGCUUUGGCCAUAGCAGCAAACUGCUGUCAGAGCAUUACUCCAGAUGAGUUCCACUUAGUUGCAGAUUCUCUGCCACUGUUGACUCAGAGACUAACGCACCAGGAUAAAAAAUCUGUUGAGAGCACUUGUCUCUGCUUUGCCAGACUAGUGGACAACUUUCAACAUGAGGAGAACCUGCUGCAAGAGGUGGCCUGUCGAGAUCUGUUGACCAACAUUCAGCAGCUGCUGGUAGUGACUCCUCCUGUACUAAGCUCAGGGAUGUUCAUCAUGGUGGUGCGAAUGUUUUCUCUUAUGUGUUCCAACUGCCCCUGUUUGGCAGUCCAGCUCAUGAAGCAAAACAUAGCAGAAACACUGCGCUUCCUUUUGUGUGGUGCAUCAAAUGGUAGUUGCCAGGAGCAGAUUGACCUAGUUCCUCGGAGUCCCCAGGAGCUCUACGAACUGACCUCCCUCAUAUGUGAGCUGAUGCCUUGCCUGCCAAGAGAGGGCAUCUUUGCAGUUGAUGUAAUGCUGAAGAAGGGCAGUGCCCAGACUACAGAAGGAGCUAUUUGGCAAUGGCGGGAUGACCGGGGUCUGUGGCAUCCAUACAAUCGCAUUGACAGCCGGAUCAUUGAGACAGCCCAUCAGAACGGGGAGGAUGAGAUCAGCUUGUCAACUCUGGGCCGUGUUUAUACAAUUGACUUCAACUCUAUGCAGCAGAUCAAUGAGGACACUGGAACAGCACGGGGUAUCCAGAGAAAGCCUAAUCCUCUUGCCAAUCCUACUACAGCAGCAGCAGGGAGUCACCAGGAGGUACGUCGAGAAGAUGCACGAGCACAACUGAUAAAGGAGGAUCCAGACCUGGCGAAGUGCUUUAUCAAAACCCUGUUUGGGGUCCUUUAUGAGGUGUACAGCUCAUCAGCAGGCCCUGCCGUUAGACACAAGUGCCUUAGAGCCAUCCUUAGGAUCAUCUUCUUUGCUGAUGCAGAGCUGCUGAAGGAUGUGUUGAGGAAUCAUGCUGUGUCCAGUCACAUUGCCUCCAUGCUAUCCAGUCAGGACCUAAAGAUUGUAGUGGGGUCUCUUCAGAUGGCUGAGAUCCUUAUGCAGAAGCUGCCAGAUGUUUUCAGUGUCUAUUUCAGAAGAGAAGGUGUAAUGCACCAGGUUAAGAACCUGGCAGAGUCUGAGAGCUUUUUAGUCACUAGUCCCCCGAAGGCUUGCACCAGCGGCACUGCCAGUUUGUGCACAACCACCAUCAGCACUGCAUCAACAAUGUCUGCUAAUAAUGCAACUCCUGACCUGGGCUCACCCAGCUUCCAGCACAGCAUGGAUGACUCACUGGACCUCAGCCCCCAGGGACGGUUAAGUGAUGUCCUUAAGAGGAAACGGCUACCUAAAAGGGGGCCCAGAAGACCCAAAUACUCUCCUCCAAGAGAUGAAGAUAAAGUCGACAAUCAGGCCAAGAGCCCUACUAGUACUCAGUCACCCAAAUCAUCCUUCUUGGCUAGCCUGAAUCCCAAAACUUGGGGCAAAUUGAGUACACCAGCAAACAAUGCCAACUCUGAGCCAUCACGUACAGCGGGUGUGAGUGGCCUAGCCAGGGCACUCCCGAAGGACUCACUUUCAAACAACAGAGACAAAAUCAAGGCUUGGAUUAAAGAACAGGCAAGUAAGUUUGUCGAGCGCUACUUCAACUCUGAAAAUGUGGAUGGCAGCAACCCUGCACUGAAUGUACUCCAGAGACUUUGCACAGCUACUGAGCAGCUGCAUCUGCAGGUGGAUGGUCGCAUGGAAUGCCUGGUGGAGAUCUCAAACAUAGUAUCAGAAUCUGAUGUAUCGUCUUUUGAGAUCCAGCACAGUGGGCUGGUAAAGCAACUCCUUGUCUACCUAACGUCCAACAGUGACAGGGACCUGCUCAGUCGUGACGUGCGUCUUAAAAGGUUCUUACACGUGUUUGCUGGCUGUCCGGUUUCAGGAAUAGAGCAUGUAGGUCGUCUGGACCCAACAGAGAAUGGGCCUUUUCUUGCACUGGUGCACAAAAUGAACAGUUGCCUGAGUCAAAUGGAGCAGUUUCCCGUCAAAGUGCACGACUUCCCAAGUGGCAAUGGCAAUGGAAGCAGAGGGUCUCAGGCACUGAAGUUCUUCAAUACACAUCAACUGAAGUGUCAGUUGCAGAGACACCCCGAUUGCACUAAUGUUAAACAGUGGAAAGGUGGGCCUGUGAAGAUUGAUCCCUUGGCCCUGGUGCAGGCUAUUGAGAGAUAUCUUGUGGUCAGAGGCUAUGGCAGAAUCAGAGAAGAAGAUGAAGACAGUGAUGAUGAUGGUUCUGAUGAUGAAAUCGAUGAAUCAUUGGCUGCGCAGUUCCUCAAUUCAGGCAGUGUUCGUCACAGACUGCAGUUCUACAUUGGUGACCACCUUCUGCCGUACAAUAUGACUGUAUACCAGGCCGUACGGCAGUACAGCCUGCAAGCAGAAGAAGAAAGAGAGUCUACGGAUGAUGAGGCAAAUCCCCUUGGGCGAGCUGGCAUCUGGACCAAAACACACACAAUAUGGUAUAAGCCUGUGAGAGAAGAAGAAGAUGGCAACAAAGAAACGGUGGGUGGAAAGAGGGGUCGAGCCCAGACAGCGCCCACCAAAACCUCACCUCGCAACGCCAAGAAACAGGAUGAGCUGUGGCAUGAUGGUGUAUGUCCCAGUGUCAUCAAUCCUUUAGAAACAUACCUCAUUUCGGAGCCACCAGAGACCAUAACCUUUGAUGACCCCUCUUUAGAGGUCAACCUGCUGCUGAGGGUCCUGCAAUCCAUUAGUAGAUACUGGUUCUACUUAUAUGAUAAUGGUGUCUGCAAGGAAAUUGUUCCCACUAGUGAAUUCAUUAACAGUAAGCUGACAGCCAAAGCAAACCGCCAGUUACAGGAUCCACUUGUCAUUAUGACGGGCAACAUUCCUACUUGGCUCAUUGAGCUUGGGAAGACCUGCCCAUUCUUCUUCCCAUUUGACACUCGGCAGAUGUUAUUCUACGUAACUGCCUUUGAUCGUGACAGAGCCAUGCAGCGCCUACUUGAUACGAAUCCUGAGAUCAACCAAUCAGAUUCUCAGGACAGCAGAGUUGCACCACGUCUGGACAGGAAAAAGAGGACGAUAAAUCGUGAUGAGCUGUUAAAACAGGCAGAAUCUGUUAUGCAGGACCUCGGUAGUUCCAGGGCCAUGCUGGAAAUUCAGUAUGAGAAUGAGGUCGGCACAGGCCUUGGCCCCACUUUGGAGUUUUAUGCUCUAGUGUCCCAGGAACUCCAGCGGGCGGACCUUGGAUUGUGGAGGGGUGAAGAAGUCACUCUGGCCAAUCCUAAAGGAAGUCAAGAGGGAACAAAGUACAUGUUCAGCUCCAGAGGACUGUUUGCUGUUCCCUUUGGAAGGACAACCAAACCAGCACAUAUUGCCAAAAUUAAAAUGAAGUUCCGUUUCUUAGGAAAGCUCAUGGCCAAAGCCAUUAUGGACUUCAGACUGCUGGAUCUGCCCCUAGGGUUGCCAUUUUAUAAAUGGAUGCUACGGCAAGAGAUGUCCAUAAGCUCCCAUGACCUGGUGAACAUUGAUCCUGGUGUGGCCAAGUCUAUCCAGCACUUAGAGGAUAUUGUCCGCCAGAAGAAGCAGCUGGAACAGGACCGAUCACAGACAAAGGAGAUGCUGCAACAGGCACUGGAGAGCCUAAAUAUGAAUGGCUGCUCAGUGGAGGACCUGGGUUUGGACUAUACUCUUCCAGGUUUCCCAAACAUUGAACUAAAAAAGGGUGGCAAAGACAUACCUGUAACAAUCUACAACCUGGAGGAAUACCUCAGGUUGGUGGUGUAUUGGACUCUUAACGAAGGUGUUUCCCGGCAGUUUGAGUCCUUUCGGGAAGGAUUUGAAUCAGUCUUCCCCCUGCACCACCUACUGUACUUCUACCCAGAGGAGCUGGACCAGUUGCUAUGUGGCAGUAAAUCAGAGACAUGGGAUGUCAAGACGCUCAUGGAGUGCUGCCGACCAGACCACGGCUACACGCAUGACAGCCGUGCGGUUCGGUUCCUGUUUGAGGUGUUGAGCAGCUUCGAUGCCGAGCAGCAGAGACUGUUUCUGCAGUUUGUCACGGGCAGCCCAAGGCUGCCUGUCGGAGGUUUCCGGAGCCUGAAUCCCCCGCUGACUAUCGUGAGGAAGACCUUUGAGUCCACGGAGAACCCAGACGACUUCCUCCCCUCAGUCAUGACCUGCGUCAACUACCUGAAACUGCCUGACUACUCAAGCAUAGAGAUCAUGCGAGAGAAACUGUUGAUUGCGGCUCGUGAAGGCCAGCAGUCUUUCCACCUUUCCUGAUCUCUCCACGUCACAUUCAAAAUGCCUUCUACAGCGACUGAUGAAAUCAUGACUUCCUUGUUAGUUUUUUGUAAUCACAUGCAUUAAGGCUACAUGUACAGCCUUCUUGUUAAAACAAAAGCAGCUUGCAGAAGAAGAAGAAAAAAACUUUAAAUAUAUAUUUCCUGCCCCUCUCAAAAAUGUAAAAAAGGAGAAAAAAAAGAAAGGUGUUCCAUCACUCACAGAACUUAUUAAAAACAAGAGAUAAACUUAUCAGUAGUUGAGUAAUGUUUAAAAAGAUGACAAACAUCUGGGUGACAUUUUAAAUUGCAUUGCUAUGUGAUAUUUAAAAAAAAAAAGGGAUGUCUCCUCUUCAGAGGGGUGGACAAUGUCACUGGGUGUUGAGGAGGAUGUGAUGGGCGGGUGGGCGGGGUUUCCAUCAAGCAAGCUAGGUUUACUUUAGCUCCAAAGAUCAUUUGUACAGACAAAUUUGCAGACUUUGCUCAUUCUAUACAUUUGAUAGAAUAGCUUUGUUGUCGCGUCUUUUCUCUGAGUUUGUUUGCAUUUUGUUCCAUAUUAUAUUGUACCCCGGUUUGUGUGCUGCGUUUCAGUUCGGUUUCCUCCCCCAUGUGCCCUCGCUUAAAAUGCAGAAAUGAUAAUUGCAGUUGUUUGAACAUGGAUAGCGAGGAGCACGUAUUUCCCCAUUCACUCAAGUUGAGAUUGUGUUCUGGCCUACUUACAGAGAGCUUCUGCUCAGAAUGGAGACUUGUAACCAAUGUGUUGAUCAGGUAAAUUUUGUUUUGCUCCCAUUUUGAUUGUGUCUUUCCGUUGUGCCCCACCACAGGUGUGGGGUCACUUGGCAGACCAAGCAUUGAGCGACCCUCAACAUACAAUGUAGCUGGGCACAAAGUUUAACUGGUCUCAUUUUAUCGUUUCACAGCCAGAUAGCAUUUCAAGUUCAUUUAUGGAGUAAAGUUUAUAUGCAGUUUCACAUCUUGUUUGAGGUGUGAAUGUCUGCUUUACAUUUUUUUUAAUUUUCUAUAUUGUCUUUAUUUUUCGCUGUAGUUGAUUAUUUUUCUUUGCACUGCUGGCUUGGAACAAACCGUGGUGUGCACCUGCAGUCUGUGGCCAGGGGAGGGCGCCACUGUAAGCUCUUCUGGCUCUUUCAUGUGCUGGUUUCUAAGAUCUGCAAUAAUUUACUGCAUCAGGUUCAUGUUUUUACCUGAACAUAAAUAAAGUAACUGUUUGACUCA